AUGGCAUCAACUACAAGGGGCAACAACACUUAUCAUCCUGUUCCACGCUUCGACAUAGCAGCAGAGAACGGUCCUUUGUUCUUGGGCGCGAUAUUCACAGAUCUCAGCUUUGGGCGCGCUGCUUUGAACCGGUCAAACCGUAUCGAAAUCCGAGAGGAACUGAAAUAUGCUCCAGUUCCCCAGAGUGGCUUUUGCGAAACCUGCUCAAAGGUCCGAGAGGGGAAGUUUGAGGCUUGGGUCAAAGCCUUCAGUGACUAUACCCGGGGUUCAGCGGCCAUUUCAGGCUCUAGCGACGCAGAGAACACUAUCACUUGCGAUGAGGUCUUGACCACGUACUUUGAUCCUGACGACGAAUACCUUAAUGCCAGCUUCGCCAUCCCCCAGGUCCAGCUAGUACUUGAAGGCACUUCUCGGUGGACCUUUGUGUUCUACAUGAUCACUGGGCUCAAGGUGGCGAAAGGUUUGGCGUACAACAAGUCCAAGACAAGUCAGGCAGAGGCCGAAGGACAGCUCGGUGUACAGGAACCACGGACAGGCAUGGGGGCUGCUCUAAGCGGGAACAUGCGUCGUGAAAAUAACCGCAGCCUCGAGUUUUCGGUUUCUGAUAUUGUGGUAGGGUACCGGGUCAACAAGUAUCGUUGCGUUCGGCGGCUUAACCUCUUGAAUAAAGAGAGAAAGUUCAUAGAUGAUGGACUCGUUCAAGGGGAAAUGAUGGAUGAUAUGGAAGGCAAUGCUCCUCAGCCAUAUGUUUCUGUCGAGUGCUUGCCCCUGUUUGAUGAGGAAGUUGUAUCAGCAUAA